CUCCACUGGGGUACUUGGCUGGGCUUCAGGGGCCGGCGGGACCUGGGACCUGGCUGGAGAUCGCUUGGGGGAGUGGAGAGCGCUGUGGGCUGGGAAGCUCAGACCUGACUUGGUGCAGGCAUCCGUCGUGAACUGUGUGGCCCUGGGAUGUUGAGUCCCAGCUGAGCCUCGGUUUCCCGGGCUCAGACAUUGGAAAAGGGGGUGCACCGCCCCCUGCCCACGUGAGGGCCCAUGUAGUGUCCGAUCCGAGGCAAGAUCCUUUCAACUCUGACAUCCAGACCCACAAGGAGCCAGGAAGAGGGAGAGGACGUGGCUCCUUAGUGGACAAAACCCCACUGGUGCCCCUACCCAUCCCCCAACAAGGGGAACACUGGACUUCCUAUCCAUGGACAGCCCAGCAUCCCAGCUGCCCCAGGCGCCCCCUCAUCCCAGCAGGCAGGCCCAGCCCAGGGCUGCUAUAAAGCUGGCCCAGCUUGGCCCUGAGCACGCCCAGCUGGGACCCUCCUGGAGCCUCCUCAGGGGCCACAUCCGCUCUGCUGCUCCCCCCAAGUGGCACCAUGAGGGCCCUGUGGCUGUGCUGGGCACUGUGGGCGCUGGCCCUGGCCCGCCCCGGGGCGGCCGUGACCGAGGAGCAGAUCCUGGGCAGCCUGCUGCAGCAGCUGCAGCUCCAGGAGGUGCCCGCGCUGGACCCGAGCGACGCGGAGCGGCUGGUCACCCCUGCCCACGUGCGGGCCCAGUACGUGGCCCUGCUGCAGCGCAGCCACGGCGCCCGAUCGCGAGGGAAGAGGUUCAGCCAGAACUUCCGAGAGGUGGCUGGCAGGUUCCUGGUGUCCGACGCCUCCACGCGCCUGCUGGUGCUCAGCAUGGAGCGGCGGCUGCCCCCCAACAGCGAGCUGGUGCAGGCCGUGCUGCGCCUCUUCCAGGAGCCGGUCCCCGAGGCCGCGCUCCGCAGGCACGAGCGGCUGUCCCCUCGCAGCGACCUGGCCCGGGUCACCAUCGAGUGGCUGCAUGUCCGCGCCGAUGGCUCCAACCGCACCGCCCUCAUUGACUCCAGGCUGGUGUCCAUCCACGAGAGCGGCUGGAAGGCCUUCGAUGUGACCGAGGCCGUGAACUUCUGGCAGCAGCUGAGCCGGCCCCAGGAGCCGCUGCUGCUGCAGGUGUCGGUGCAGCGGGAGCACCUGGGCCCGCUGGCCUCCAGCGCCCACAGGCUGGUCCGCUUUGCCUCCCAGGGGCCUUGGGACGGCGCGCAGGGCGAGCCCCAGCUGGAGCUGCACACCCUGGACCUCGGGGACUUCGGAGCUCAGGGCAACUGUGACCCCGAGGCCCCAGUGACCGAGGGCACCCGCUGCUGCCGCCAGGAGAUGUACAUUGACCUGCAGGGGAUGAAGUGGGCCGAGCACUGGGUGCUGGAGCCCCCGGGCUUCCUGGCCUAUGAGUGCGUGGGCACCUGCCAGCAGCCCCCGCAGGCCCUGACCUUCAAGUGGCCGUUCCUGGGGCCGAGGCAGUGCAUCGCCUCGGAGACCACCUCGCUGCCCAUGAUCGUCGGCAUCAAGGAGGGCGGCAGGCCCCGCGCCCAGGUGGUCAGCCUGCCCAACAUGCGGGUGCAGAAGUGCAGCUGCGCCUCGGACGGGGCGCCCGUGCCAAGGCGGCUGGAGCCGUAGGGCGCUGGGCAGGGCCACCGCGGGGCUUGACGUGUGCGCUUCAGAAGUGUCCUAGGUGCCAGGAGAGACGGGGGCUGCUGAUGGGCGGAAGCUCUGUGCUCUCUGCUGAGCUCUGAAUUCGCUUCCUCUGACCAGUCAGCUCACUUCCUAGUAUUCGCUCCCCAGGAACGAGACUCCCUGGUUACCGGGCAGCCUGUCCAGGUUUCUCUCUCCUUCGUAUUGUCCGCUGCACUGUAUCUAAGCACUUACCUGUGUAGGUUCUGUAAUCUACGAGUGGAAACACCCAUUGGCCAUUGCUGCCCUAUCCCAGGAGCCGGGCUGAGCUCUGGUAUGGGCUAGAGACCCAGCUGCCACUCAGAGGUUCAAACCGAGGCUCAAGUAUGGGUUGUGCGUUCUCGUCUCAGAUACGGAGGGCAUUUUGCAAGAAAGAAAGAAAACGCAUUUUAUUCUGUGUUUUUAUAUUUUACCAAGAAGCCUGCCAAUUGUUGAGACAGAAUGUUCUAGAGCAGUGGUUCUCAACCUUCCUACUGCCGAGACCCUUUCAUACAGCUCCUCAUGUUGUGGUGACCCCCAACCAUAACAUUAUUUCCGUUGCUACUUCAUAACUGUAAUGUUGCUACUGUUAUGAAUCGUCAUGUCAAUAUCUGAUAUGCAGGAUGUAUUUUCAUUGUUACAAAUUGAACAUCAUUAAAGCAUAGUGAUUCAUCACAAAAACAAUGUGUAAUUAUAGAUGUGUUUUCCGAUGGUCUUAGGCGCCCCCUGUGAAAGGGUCGUUCGACCCCCCCAAAGGGGUCGCGACGCACAGGUUGAGAACCGCUAUUCUAGAGGAACAAGGUUCACGUGAUUAGAAAGACAUGGUCAAGGUCUCCGUUCAGAAGGACAGGAAGCUAAGACUGACAUGUAUUCAGAUUCCCGGUGCCCGUCCGCUUAGAAUGGAAGCAGAAAUCUUGUCAUUGUUGUGGACGUUUUUACUCUUUUCAAUUCGACUUGCGAUCAUAUAAGAAAAUCUGAUCCUCAGGAAUACAGUAAUGUGGGUCACUCCUGUAACUGUUGGGGCAGGUAAGGGGAGCAAGUGCUGAAAUUGUUAGAUAUCGCACUUUAGAACAGUGGUUCUCAACCUUCUGGCCCAUUAAGUACAGCUCCUCAUGUUGUGACCCAACCAUAACAUUAUUUUCGUUGCUAUUUCAUCGCUGUCAUGUUGCUACUGUGAUGAAUCGUCAUGUAAAUAUCUGAUAUGCAGGAUGGUCUUAGGUGACGACCCCUGUGAAAGGGUGGUUCGACCGCCAAAGGGGUCGCGACCCACAGGUUGAGAACCGCUGCUUUAGAAUGCCAAGAUUGCAGGGGCUUCUGAGCCUGGGGUACUUGGGGUACGGACGCCCUGGAUUCCUGGCUAGUCUGCACAGCUCUUAUAAGCCGUACAUUCCACACCCUCUAAACCUCCAUCUCCUCUAUCCAGUGAGAAAACCCCUUCCUGCCAUAUCUUUACUGGAGCUUUUAGGAAAUAAUGCUUUUUACAAGCACGCCACACCCUGCGCGAUACGUGACAGGGGCUAAGGUUACCCGAACGCACACUCCGACCCACUUGGGACUUCUGUUGAUUUUGAAAUAAACGUAACCCACUGGACAUCAGACUUCGAAGCCCCUUCCCUCUCUGAAAGCAAAGACCCUAACUUUUCCUUCUUGUCAG